GUAAAUUAAACACUUUCGUGUAUUAAAGACUUUUUAAAUCUAUAUAUAUAUUAUAUAAAUCGAUUUAAAAUACAAUAAUUAACUGAAUUAAUUAAAAUAAAAUAUUAAUAUUGUGUCAGAGGAACAUUUUUAAGCAAAAAAAAUAUUUUAAUAAUAAUUAAUUUUAAAAUGAAUAAAUUUUUAUUAAUAACCAUUUUGUUGUUAUGUAUUUCUGGAAGACGAUUCCAUAAAGAAGGAGAUGUGGUUUUUAAAGAGCAAAAUGAAGAAGAACAAUCUGACUAGAAUGGAGAAGGUUAAUAAGGUGAAGAAAAUAGUUAACCAGCUGAUGAUUGGCCAACUGGAGAUGAAGAUGGAGAACAUUAAUGGACAAGUGAAGAAGAAGAUGGUGGAGAAGGAGAGAACACUGAAGAAGGAGAAGGAAACGAUAGUGAGAAAGGUGAAAAUGGUGAAGAUUAAAAAGAUGAGGAAAGUAGUGAUCAAGGAGAAAAUGGAGGCUAUGAAGAUGAAGGUAAUGGAGAUAAAGGAGAUGAUGGAGAUUAUGGAGAUGAUGGAGAUUAUGGGGAUAAUGGAGAUGAUGGAGAUAAUGGAGAUAAUGGAGAUUACGGAGAUAAAGGAGAUGAUGGAGAUAAUGGAGAUUAUGGAGAUAAUGGAGAUGAUGGAGAUAAUGGAGAUUAUGGAGAUAAAGGAGAUGAUGGAGAUUAUGGAGACAAUGGAGAUAACGGAGACAAUGGAGAUAAUGGAGAUAAUGGAGAUUAUGGAGACAAUGGAGACAAUGGAGACAAUGGAGAUAAUGGAGAUAAUGGAGAUAAUGGAGAUUAUGGAGACAAUGGAGACAAUGGAGACAAUGGAGAUAAUGGAGAUAAUGGAGAUAAUGGAGAUUAUGGAGACAAUGGAGACAAUGGAGACAAUGGAGAUAAUGGAGAUAAUGGAGAUAAUGGAGAUUAUGGAGACAAUGGAGACAAUGGAGACAAUGGAGAUAAUGGAGAUAAUGGAGAUAAUGGAGAUUAUGGAGACAAUGGAGACAAUGGAGACAAUGGAGAUAAUGGAGAUAAUGGAGAUAAUGGAGAUUAUGGAGACAAUGGAGACAAUGGAGACAAUGGAGAUAAUGGAGAUAAUGGAGAUAAUGGAGAUUAUGGAGACAAUGGAGACAAUGGAGACAAUGGAGAUAAUGGAGAUAAUGGAGAUAAUGGAGAUUAUGGAGACAAUGGAGACAAUGGAGACAAUGGAGAUAAUGGAGAUAAUGGAGAUAAUGGAGAUUAUGGAGACAAUGGAGACAAUGGAGACAAUGGAGAUAAUGGAGAUAAUGGAGAUAAUGGAGAUUAUGGAGACAAUGGAGACAAUGGAGACAAUGGAGAUAAUGGAGAUAAUGGAGAUAAUGGAGAUUAUGGAGACAAUGGAGACAAUGGAGACAAUGGAGAUAAUGGAGAUAAUGGAGAUAAUGGAGAUUAUGGAGACAAUGGAGACAAUGGAGACAAUGGAGAUAAUGGAGAUAAUGGAGAUAAUGGAGAUUAUGGAGACAAUGGAGACAAUGGAGACAAUGGAGAUAAUGGAGAUAAAGGAGAUUAUGGAGAUAAUGGAGAAGCCAAAAAAAGCAGAAAACAAAGCCAUAAAAAAAAACACUAGCAUUUUAGAGGAAGACCUUGAAUCAAUUAAUUUCAUAAUAUUCUAAAAGUUA